AUGUUUCAGCCUAAUGAUUGGGGUCUGGAUUCAACGAUUGCUACAGCAGUGGAGCAUUCCAUUCGCUACCAUCCGCGGAAAUGUGACAAAUGCAAGAAAUCAGGCAAACCUUGCAUUGUUCUGCCGGACAAAAAAGUCGGAUGCAUACGACUCGUUUGCACGAAUUGCGACAGGACAAAGGUGACUUGCGCAAUUGAUGGAAUGGGGGUCCGGGACAGGUUGCAGGCUCAAGCCAAAGCAACGGCGGUGACACAAGCCGCCGAUCGUCCCAAGCGCUCCAGGUCGCGCGUCCCCAAGGCCCGAGCUGUCAGCGAGAUGUUGAAAAAGGACCCACCGGCACCAUUGACCAUGCCAGCCGUGCCUUUAUCCACCCCUGUUGUGAAAGAAAUUGACGAACGUGGUAAUGUUGAGAAACAACCGAUAAAUUUGACAGUGACUCCUGUGGAAGAGACGCUGGUCUCACUCAUUGCCAAACCCGGGCAGACCAGCCAAUCGGAGCAAGUCCACCCUAUGGGAGUCGAUCGUCCAGCGGAACAAGAGCCAACCGCAAAAGACAUUCUGCAGGCCAUCCGGGACCUUGGGAGCAAGUUUGACCUCCUUGCCACCAAUGAGAGGGUGGAUGCAUUGGAUGCCAAGGUCAAUUCGGUGGAGGAAGCCAUGUCAUCGUCGGUCAGGCAUUUGUCAAAUUGUCUCCGGGACCACAAAGACGACCUGGAAGCCCAUCGACCUCGUGUAAACACCACGGCCUACGCUCCUCCACAGCACCCGACUGCUCAACUUCCGGGGUGGCUCCAUGGCGCCGGGGGUGUUGAUGAUGUGGGCAUCUCUACGGUUGGCAGACAGUGGAUGCAUGCAUGGGACCCAUCUGUAGCGACUGGUGUGCAAGGCUGCCUCGAAACAUCCGCAUCGGCUGCACGGACAGGUUAUCAUCAUGAUACCCCUGUUAUUCACGCAAAUUCAAUCAAAUCAUCCCGAUUGUCCAGCACGCCGUCAGCAAUGUCCGAUAAGUAG